AUGGCCAAAGAGCGCUGCCUGGAUCUAACCCAUACCAGCAAUCUCAUCGGCUCAGUUCUCGGAGGCAUGUUGGCGGAGCCAGGCAAAAACUACCUGUCGAUGUUCCCACCCGAUUCCAUAUGGACAACCUACCCAUUCUUUCUACCCAAUCUCGUGGUAGCGUCUCUGCAGCUGUUUGCAUUGGUGUUUACUUUUCUCUUCUUGGAGGAGACGCAUCCACAUCUGCAGGAGAUGUCAGACCUUGGUCUCACAAUAUGCCGUACCAUAGCUGGCAGGCUAUCCCAGCGGGGACAUGAGUAUGAGUAUGAAAUGGUAUACUCUAACCAAGAGGGGGUUGAUAGUGCAGAGAUCCCUGAUAUUGUCCAGGAACGAAACAUAACAAAUCCUGCUGAUGGCAACACCACCGACAACGAUGAUGACAAAGCACUGGCCCCGAAAAGGGCCGUCAAUCUUCAAAUCAUCCUCCAGGUUCUGUCCGUCUCCCUCCUGGCCUUGCACAAAGUUUCUUCAGACGCCAUCAUGCCUGUCUACCUGGCAGCUCCCUAA